AUGGGAUCUGGGCGAAGCAAAUCAUUUCAAGGCUCGUCGUUGUCGUCGACGGUGAGAGAAGAUUCCGGCGUGGCGCAACCUCCGUCGUCUUCGAGUGGUGGUUGUGGAAGGAGGAGAAGAUCAAUGAGUAUGCUCUGUUCUCUUCACUCUUCUUGCCUUGCUUCAUCUUCUACUUCUCACGACAGUGACGAUGAUGAUGAACAGGUAUGCAAUGGAUGGAUGAGAAAGAGUAACGGAAGUGUUUCACGGCGUAGAAUGGAAUCAAGAAACCAAACAGAUGCAGAAGAAGACUGCUAUGAUAAAGAAUUGAAAGAUAAAUCUGAAAACGGAAGACAUUGUGAUGAGCUUGAGCUUGAGCUUGAUGAUGACGGUGGUGUUGAAGAAGAAGAAGAAGAAGAAGCAGCAACUGUAAGCAAUGUACAUACGAGAAACGUUAGCGGUUCGAUUCAAGAAUCUUCUUCUACUGCUCCAGGUCGUGUCUUCUCGCAUUUCAAAUUCAUUCCUGGUAACAUAAGCUCUAGGCUCAGCAGAGCUUCAAGCUCAAGAUCCUUCAACACUGCUUCUCGAGAAGAAGGUGUGACUUCACCUUCAGAAUCUGCUAUUAGGCUCACUGAUAGAGUCGAGUCUCCUGUGAUGGACAAUGUAGUUAGAGAUAUCAACGCCAUGAGUAGCUUACGUUCUCCGAGAGUAGUUAAUGUUGAUAGAAGACACGUUGUUGUUCGGGAGCCUUCCAUUGACAGGAACGUUCGGUUUAGCAGAACGCUGAGUGUUGGAAGACUCCGUGACAGAGUUCUUCGCCGGUCUUCUGAUUUCUCAUUCCGUCCUUCGCCACAUCAAGGAGAAGACGACGCUGAUCUCUUCUCUGCUGAUACCGCAGCGGGAGAGGAUACUCCUGUGACUUCAACGUCUAUAUUAAACCGCUCCGCUUCUACCAUUCGAAGGACCUUGUUUGGGAUUCAAGAUCACGAGAUGCCGAGUCCUCUUGUGAGAGAAGGGAGGUACCAAGGUUUGUUAGAGCACAGAUCAGAUUUCCUUGAGAGGAGGAGGAGAAUAAGAUCUCAGGUUCGCGCUCUACAAAGAUUAGGAAGCCGGUUUGAGAGUGUCACAAGCCAUCAUCAUGAGAGGUCUUGUGUCUUAUCAGGUCAAGAUCAAGCAGGUCGCUGCACAUGCCGUGCGGUUACUAACCGAGGUUCAACAACAGCAACAACAAGCGAUGAAACGAAUGCAAGAGCUAGCAUCUCAAGGAUAGUUUUGCUAGCUGAAGCUCUCUUCGAGGUUCUUGAUGAGAUUCAUCAGCAAUCUGUUGUCUUAUCUUCUCAACAACCAUCAGUAUCAUCUAUAGGAUCUGUUCCUGCACCUAACGACGUUGUGGACUUAUUACCUACAAAAGUGUAUACCAAGUCACAAAGCGAGGAUUCAUCACAAUGUUUUAUAUGCCUUGUUGAGUAUGAAGAAGGAGACACUAUAAGGACACUUCCUUGUCAUCAUGAAUUUCACAGAACAUGUGUGGAUAAAUGGCUUAAAGAGAUUCACAGGGUAUGUCCGCUGUGUAGAGGAGACAUUUGUAGACAUGAUCCAUCACCUGAGCAACACUGA